CUGCUCGUACCACAGAAACGAGCCUUUGCCACAACAGUAUCUGAACCACCGCCGCCUCAAACCACGGAUACUACCCCUCGGACAGCAACAUCAUUCACCGAUCGCCUCAAUGCCGGUCCCUCAUUUGGCGACUUUGUGGGCGGCAAGCCAGAAGAGCCUAUGGCCAAGGAGGAUCUGUAUGAACUCCGCACAGUAGAGGUUGGCCCUGCAGGCCGGAAACGAACACACACCAGGCUUCCAGAAUGGUUGAAGACCCCGAUUCCGGCCAAUGAUAACUACAAGCGGAUAAAGAACGAUCUGCGAGGACUGAACUUGCACACGGUAUGCGAAGAGGCACGAUGUCCGAACAUUAGCGAUUGCUGGGGUGGAAGCAACAAAUCUGCUGCGACUGCCACAAUCAUGCUUAUGGGCGAUACAUGCACGCGAGGCUGUAGAUUCUGUUCAGUGAAGACAAGCAAUAAACCGCCGCCACUCGACCCUCACGAGCCGGAGAAUACUGCGGAGGCAUUGAAGAGGUGGGGUCUGGGAUAUGUAGUCCUUACAUCCGUAGAUCGAGACGAUCUUGCUGAUGGGGGCGCGCGACACUUUGCAGAAACCAUCAUUAAGAUUAAGCAAAAGGCGUCGCAUAUCCUUGUGGAGGCAUUGACGGGGGAUUACGCGGGAGAUCUGGACAUGGUCAAGCUCGUUGCGCAAAGCGGGCUUGACGUUUACGCGCACAACGUUGAGACAACAGAAGAGCUGACACCAAUGGUUCGAGAUCGAAGGGCGAAAUUCAGACAAUCGCUGGCAGUGCUCAAGGCUGCGAAAGAAGCCAAGCCGAAUCUGAUCACAAAGACUUCGAUCAUGCUUGGUCUCGGCGAGACGGAAGACCAGCUUUGGCGGACGCUUAAAGCACUCAGAGAAGCAGAAGUGGAUGUGGUGACCUUUGGACAAUACAUGCGACCCACGAAGCGCCAUAUGAAGGUGCAUGAGUACGUGACGCCGGACACGUUCGAACUAUGGCGGCAGAGAGCAUUGGAUCUAGGCUUCUUGUACGUUGCUUCUGGGCCUCUGGUGCGAAGCAGUUACAAGGCAGGAGAGGCAUUCAUCGAGAACGUGCUGAAGAAGAGAGCAAAGAGAAAUACGCUGCUGAGCGCAGAUGUAGAGAAGUUCGGGGACAUGAAGAUUGCGUAGAUACAGUCUAGGCAAUCGGUACGGCGUACACGGGAUAGGGCUGCGAAAGGUAGCGCUUCAAUCAUGCAUAGCGAGGCGCAUUGAGAUGUGCAGCACAAGCACAAGAUAUGUAUAGAUGUACAAAGGCAAUCAACGUGCAGUUUCUC